AUCGCCGCUCGGUAUUCAUUCCUCCUGAAUUCCUCGCCGUCGGCGAAGUCUACCAAAGAGGAAGGAGGAGGAGAUUCCAAUCCCGAGAAACACCAAAGAGGGGCGCAUAAAAUUUGUGGGUUUCGCAGAGAUUUCUUGAUUCCGAUGAUUGUGAUCGAUGCGUGUCUCGCUGCAUCCACUGAUUUUCUGACAGAAACGAGUUAGAUUUUGUUUUCCUGAGGCAGCUUAUGUUCUGGAUCUUGUUUUCGGCGGCCGGGAAUUCGUUCUGUAAACAGAACUGGACGAGAAAGAAUGAAGGGAUUCUGAUGGCUGGCGAAGUCUUUGGUCUCUUGUGGAUCCGUGUUUCUUAUUUCUAAAGAUCACUUAUUUGGUUGUCGAUCUCGAUUAUUUUUUAUGUAGGGGUUUUGUAUCCUUGGAAUUCUUUUUGGUAUAUGGAAUUGUUUGCUAGCUCUUCUUGGUGGGUUCCAUGGUCUUUGAAGCUAAUGCAUCUAUUUUUUUGCGAGUAUUGGUUCUCAGGGUGCGGCUGAUGCUGUGAUUUCUUGCCAGAUAAAUCGCAAAUGUUUCUCACUUAGUUGUCUUCUUAAACUUACUGAAUUGUUCGCUUUUGUCAAAGUAUUCGUUUGCUUUACCUCGAGUUAUCUUUAUUUAGAUGAGGAAAACGGGAAAUUUCUUCCGGAAAGCUUGAUGUAAUCAGGUCGUAGGAUUGGGAGAGGAGAGUGCCAUCAGAAUAAUAGAUCUGAACAGGGAAGUGAAGCUGGGAGUAUGGGGUCUGUCUGUUCUUGCUUGCUUGCAGGAGACACUGAGGAAUAUCGACGUUCCAAUGCUUUAAAUUCCAGAAACUGCAUCUGCCUCGGAUGCUUGGCUCAGCAAUUGAUGAGUGUGUACACUGCACUAUUUCGAAGAGAGGAUAUGCAUGCUGUUCCUUCAUCUUUACAGGAAAGAGUUGCUCUUGCUUCUCCAGCAUUAACCAUGGAUGACUCUGUACCUGAUACAUAUCACUCUCCUCCCAGGCCUAUACCAUAUGAUGAUCCUAGAUUUACUCAGCAUGAUGGCCUUAUCUCAAGGCAUGAAAAAUUUUUAAGCCAUUUUCAUCAGGAAUCUGAACCACUUAGAAGUAACACUAAUAGUGAGACAGAAUCAAAGAUGAAAGGCAAGUGUAAGUCAAACUAUGAUGGAGGAUCCAAACUAUGUCAGCCUGAGUCUUCAUUGAAUCACUUCUCUGCCGAAGCCAGAAAAGAAGUAACAUAUAUUUUUCCUUCUUCUGAAGAUGAGGAUGUUUGUCCAACAUGUCUUGAAGAAUAUACUUCUGAAGACCCCAAGAUAACAAUGCAAUGCUCUCAUCAUUUCCAUCUUGGUUGUAUAUAUGAGUGGAUGGAGAGAAGUGAUGCAUGUCCUGUUUGCGGCAAGAUGAUGGUAUUCAAGGAAGCAACAUGAUCAUUCCACAUAUAUCUUUGAUAAAUUUAUUCAUUUGGACAUAUGCAGGGAAUAUGUGUACUUCGUAUUUCAUAGUGUGUAUAUACAUAUAUCAUGAAGUAUAUAUCAAUGCCAUAAGUCUUCCGGUGUCGUUUCACAGGCUUUGAUAUUGGUGAAUAUUUUAGUAUAUACGAAUGAAGUCAACCGUGACUUAUUCGCUCAUAUAGAUUUUUACGGUUCUUCUGUUGCCUCCAUACUGAUGUAUACAUAGCUGCCCAGACAGUUGCUUGGAUGUUUGUACAGAAAAAGAAAUGUUGUUAUUGUCAUUCCAGUCGUCUUCUAUCAAGAAAAACUCUUGUAAGAAUUUGUCCUGACGGUAGAAAGUGACACUCAUGACCUUGUCAUUCUGAAGAUGCUUGAAGGAUGCCCUCCUGUAGCAAUUUGGUUUCCUAGUGAAAAGUGAAUACAAUAUAUGAUCCUGUUUCCUUGGAGUAG